GUCGAAGGUGCUCGUGACGCAGGACCGAGCUGUGAAUAAGCAUCUCGUUCACCAGACCGCUCUCUUCCUUUCCACUUGCCACUUGCUUUCUCCUACUUCUUCACUUCCUCCGCGCCUGCCACUACCUGUACCAUCACCGCGACGCCCUAUCUGCCACUUCGCCCCCGACGUAGCCUCCGACUUAGCCUCAAGCCUCAUUCAUCAUCACCCGCUGCCUUGAGUCGCUGCAACAGCACUGCCAUCCGUUCAGCAGCAAUACACCCGCCAUCGUCCAUUGCACCAGCAAACAUCAUUAUCCAUCACAUCGCCGACAUGCGUUCGAACAGCAUCACGUCCAUCAGCAGCCGAAGCCCAUCCGCUGAGCCCGAGCCAACGAUGCAGAUAUUCGUCAAGGACAUCGCCGGAGAGACGUUCCCACUCACUAUCCCGUCAACAACCACAAUCUCCACCCUCCGCUCCAUGCUUGCCCUCCGCACCAACAUCCCGGAAACAUCGCUCCGAAUCGUUCACGCCGGCAAGCACCUCAGCUCUGCCUCUUCUACCCUCUCUUCAUACAACAUCGCCUCAGAUUCAACCCUGCACAUGACACUUCCGCUCCGCGGCGGUGGCCCCAAGAAGAUCCGCUGCGCGUUCAAGGACUGCAAGGAAGGCAUUGCGCGGAUAACGGGUGAUUGCACCUUCUGCAACAAGCAGUAUUGCAACAAGCACCGCAUGCUGGAGAGCCAUAGCUGUACUGGCCUCGAGGAUUGCAAGAAAGAGGAGAAGGAGCGCAACCGGGAGAAGCUGGAGAGCGAGAGGACCGUGGCGAUCAAGGGUAUUUAGGAGAACAAGAGAGAUUCGUCCACCUGAGGAUCGGAUGCACCACGCAGUGCAUGUGUGCGACUUAGCGCUACACACUGCCUGCGAGACACAGCGACGUGUACCAGGCACGUUCUGAGGCCCUCCGGAGAAUCAUCAUUAUCAACGGGAACACAACGAUCGACGUCCACAUUGUUCGAGAGCGUCUCAGCGACAAGCAAGCGUGCGUGCAUUGCAUUCAACGGCUUUGCGUAGGACAGGAGCACUCACACUUAUGCGCACUGCACUCUCUUCCUUAGACCGGAGAAGACACGAUAAUGGAUUAAUACUUGACGAGGCAUAGUUUGCGGAGCAUCGGCGUCUUUCUUCAGGCGUCUUCACAUUUUUCGGGGAACUUCAUUCCAUCCUUUUGGCUCAGUAUCACUACAGCAAGCGAGGCGCAAACUGCUUUUUGUCUUCUCCUGAGUGGAUAGAGAGGAGUAGUUUCAGGAUAGGAUAUGUGUGGAAUGCAUGAAUACAACACAGGUCUCUACGAGUGUCGAAGUCCCGUAUUCAGUUCUGUUCCACGUUUCUAUGAAGGGGCAGA